AUGCCGUCGCCAAGCAUCGAACACCUGUGCAACGGCGCGUCCACGUUUCUGUCGCCGACGUCCGACCGCGGUCUAUUGACAUCUCUGAAUCACAGUUUGAGUUUUGUGAAACUCAAUCGCCGGUCCGUGUCGCCGACUUCGCUUAAGCCGGUUAACUGCAGCCGUCGAUAUGCAGAAAUCGGCAAGAAAAGAUUGUUUUUUAGAGGUGAUGCGUUUCUCGAAUCUUACAUCGACGGCCUGGCAAGAUCUCAGGGGCCCGUGGUCAGCGGGACCGAGGACGAAGAUCAAGAUGGAAACCUGAUCCGCUCUGAAGACAAGCAGUUUCAGGGCGGCGAAGAGUUUCCCGACGGUCGAGAGUUCAAGUUCAAUAAUUUGUCACAAGACGAAGACGACUACGAAACCAGCAGUGGAUCCGUGAGGUCUGGUUCGGGGGACGCGGCCAGUUGUGAUAUUGGAUUACUCGAACGUCUCAUACGCAGUCAUCCGAUAUGGUUUCUGCCAGGAAUUCAACGGGCCGGUGCUUUUCACUUGUUGCAAGGCAAAGACGACGGGAACUUCGUCGUCAGACAGUCCAGUCAGACGGGCACCAUGGCCAUAUCCGUUCGUUUGCCCAGCGGCAAAGGUCCGUACAUCGAACACUAUCUCAUACAAGCCACCGCCGACAACCGACUAGCCCUGGAGAGUUCGGACAACAAGUUUGACAGCAUCCCCAUGUUGAUUGCGCAUUACGCACAGUGCUGCGACGAACUGCCCGUACAGCUUAUGUUACCAAAAGCUAUACAGGAAGCCAAAAAUCGACAGCAACUCUCAUCGUUAGCGUUACUUGGUCAAGAAUUCUGGAGGUAUCCUAUGGCUAGUUCGAGGAGUUCUCCGGUAUUGGAUAUAUCGCCAAAUGACGAACCUACAAAGAGGACAUUAAACACGUCUAUUUCCAGUAGUGCUGCUCACAGUCAAUCGAGUAGCCUUAGUAGUUUUAGUAGUGGUAAUAAUAAUCAAGAAUCUGGUUUUACAGACAGUCACCUGUCUAUUGAAGAAUUAUCAACUAGUCCAGUGGAAAGUAUUCAACAAUCUAAUGGGAUUCUAACUACGUUCAAAAGUUCUUCGAAAGAAGGUACACCGUCCUCUUCCGAUAACUUAUCACCACCAAUGAGUCUUGUGAGUGGUCGAACAAGACCCACGCCUCCCAAUACUUUAAACCUUAAGUCUUCUAAUAGUCCAAUAGUAACUACGGAUGUUGUAAGCUCAACUCAUAUGGCUAAGACACCACCGCCACCUCCUCCUCGUUGGGCCAAACCUGUAGCUGGACAACAGAAUUUUACUGUAACUACUACUGUGACAUUUAGUCUUCACAAAGAAACAACUCCUUCACCGCUCAUUCAAGUAUCUUGUGGACAGUUAUCAAAGUCAACAGAUGACAGUGAAAUCAUGCCAGUGAUCAAAAGUCCAUUAGGUUCUGAAAUAACAUCUCCAAUCUCAGACACAGGUGGUGGAUUACGUUCCGGUCGCCGUACUAAAAGAAAUAGAAUAAAACAAUCCAGACACUACAGAGAGAGUGAUAUAUUAGAAACGCCUAAUAUUUAUCAUAGAAGUACUUUUGCGGAUAAAGUUAGCGACUAUGAAGACGUUUGGGGUCCUGACUCGUCUUUGUCUACAUUUAAAACUCCUUCCCAAAGCAAUAGCGGUACUUAUAAAAAAAAUACUUCAGAAGUUCCUCCAGAGAUGCCACCCGAUAUUUUGGAACAAACCACCAGUAUUCCAACCAUUCCUAAAAAUACACUAGGUCUUGUUUUACCACUAAACCCAAUUAACGAUCUCCCGUCUAUCACUGACAGUACAACCAGUUUAUUGUCACCUGGGUCACCAGAGACAAAAUCACCCGUCCCUGAAGAUGAUACAGCCGAAGCUAAACAAAGCAGCCCUUUUUAUGCUGAACCUGCGGAUGCCAUAAGACAAGCAGCUUUCCUACGUCGCAAGUCGAAACCUUCAACAAAUAAUUUCCGCAACCGCCAUUCAGAGCCGAGUUUUCUUCACCAAUGGCCAGCAUUAGUCGGCUGUAGCCAAUUAACUCGUAUUGAUUCUAAAGAAGAACUGCUAUCUCCUAAUGGUAAUUACUCUACCAACCAAGCGUUCUCGUCGUCCGUCGACAAUAUACCGCUGUUGAAAAACUCCAGAAGAGAACCUCUAAAAACUGGUAAGCCCGUAGAAACUCCACGUAUUGGUCUACCGAAGCGUGGUCAAGAUGGUUCAUGGGCAGUAGAUUCUAGUUGGGAGUUUAUCGGCAACGAAAACGAAAAUGCCAACUCAUUAGACAACAUGGAGCAAACAACAACUAGCCAACCCAAUUGUCUAAGAGAAUCUCCCGGACGCAAAGGACCUACUAUACAAGAGAUUAUUUUGCAAAGGUUGCCACAUUUGAGCUUGUACAUCAAAGAACCCAGUUCAACAUCCCGAAACAAUGAUAAUAGCGAACUACCUGAUCACCAAUCUACCGACAGCGUGAACAACAAUACUUUGAACUUAAGUGGCUUCAGCAAUCUGUCUCUUUUAUCUCAGAAUAGCGAUGACGAUACUAAAACCGAAUUUUCUGAGCCAUGGGAUAGUUCAAGGUGGGAACAUUUGUUGCCUGUUGCCAGUAAAGAACAAAAUCAAGCACAUUUAAAGCCAGUAAAUCGAAACAAAAGUUUCUCUGAACGUUUGGAUCCACUUUUAGCAGUCCCACGGAUCCAAGCACUGGCACGAAGCCGCUUGAUGGCCCAAACCGGCACCGGUUCUUCGACCCGCGAGUACGCUCUGCAGCUGGCCGCGGACAAGACCACCGUGUUUGCCAGGUCCAUCGACAACUUCGUGUGCUGCACGGUCGAGUCCAAGGAGACCAACCCGUCGGUGGUGAUGAGGAACGUGCGGCAGUUCAUGUCGGGCAUGAAGAACUACCUGUUGAAACACGGCGAGAAGGAAUUCCAAAAAGUGGUGGAAAAGGAGCGGAGCCAGUUGAAACCUACCGAAUUCUUGAACCUCGACGUGAUCCUGGAAGGCGUGAUGAACAGGCUGGUGCUCAGAGAACUCCGGGAACACGUUUACAGCCUUCUGGUCGAUGAGUACGUCAAUAACGGCUCUAUACCGUCCAUGGUCGAAAACAUACACUACGCCAAGUCUAAGAGUAUUCAAGACUUUGCUGUCCGAGAAAGUUUAAUACCACCCAACGAGAACGAUUUGAAGAAAAUAUCGGAAUGUUUCAAACGUCUCCAAGAUGCAUUUCUGCCAUUGGAAAAACUGGAACAUCUGUUAUCAGCCAUCGCUUUAAUAUUUAAUGCUGUUAAAAUGCAAAACCGGAAUGCAGAUGCAUGUCUAGGCGCCGAUGACUUCCUACCACUGCUCGUAUGGGUGCUUGUCCAAUGCAACGUCCUUACGGCUGAACUGGAGGCAGAAUACAUGUGGGGACUGUUGCACCCGUCAUUGAUACCCGGCGAGGGUGGAUACUAUCUGACUGCACUGUGCGGGGCUGUGCAUGUUUUGAAGAGCUACAAGUCGUCCAUGGAAGCAAAUACUGUUAAUGGCGUGAAGACGUUGGGCUCCGACAAUACAUUGAGUUAUGAUCCACUGAAUGAACUCAAAUCUGUUCUCAAAGUCGUUGUGCCCGAUGAGACCAAUGGAUCGCUGUUGACCAAGACAUUACCCGUUAGACCACACAUGACUACACGCGACGUCUGCAAAAUCAUUGCACAUAAACUGCGCAUAACAAAUCCACAAGAUUAUUCUCUGUUCAAAUUAAUUGAUGGCCAAGAAUUUUUGCUAUCCGAAACCGACUGUCCACAAGACAUUAAAAGUUCGACAACAGCCUGUGGCAGUCAUUGUCUGUUUGCGUACAAACGAAUUGACGCAAAGAUAGCUUGGCCCCAUUCACCUUCUCCCUAG